AUGAAAAACAGCUUUCGAAAAUACUUUGAAAAUUGGCGAUAUGUCGCUGCUGACCGAAAAUUUUACGGGACGAUUCAAUGGAGAGAAGACAUUUACUACGAUUACGAGUACGAGAUGGUGUUCGACUCGAAAUUCGAGAAAAUUGAGUCGGGAAAGGCCAAAGUUUUUGACAAUCAAAAGAGGCUCUUGAACACGGUGUAUUUUGGCAAUUCUGGCAGCUCUGGAGGGUUAAAAUACAAAGCGAUCAGCAGCCGAAUGACCUGCAUCUGCAAUCAAGAAAACUGCUCCUGGAAGCUCUCAGGCUGCAAAAACGAACCCAACAACGAUCCAAGCUCAAACUACUACUGGGGCAAUUCGUGGGCGAAAUCGGCGAAGGGCAACAUUUUUCUUGGAUACACAAAACGAUACAAUGGCCACAACUUGGCAGCAAAGGAUAAGCUGUAUUGCCAAUCCGCGAGCUCAGAAGGCUGCGAGGAAACGACGUUUAAUUUCAAGGGUCUUUUGCUCAAGGAAAACAACGAGCUAAUCCGGUGGCUCGAUUAUCAAACCGCUCUCAACUCGACCCUUGUAAAGCUUAAAUCCGUGCUUGAUUUUGUCAGAGCUGGAUCUCGCCUUUUCCCGGCGAAAUCAAAUCGAUCACGCGCUUCAAGGCGAGCUCUGUCAGAAAAAUUUAAAGAGCGCGAAGAAGUCGACGACGUCAAUAUUGAAAUAUUGAUAGAAGCGAAUUGGAUUCACGAAAGCGUAGCCCGGGAAUGCAAGAUGAGUAUUGAUUGGUUGGGCCAACCAGAGGUGAAAAAACGCCCCUUCAUCUACGACAUCCCUAACCACAAGCUUUUGCCCACCCUAGAUGGACACACACUAGCUGGUUUGGAAAGUGGAGCAAUGCUGAUGAUCGGUGGAUGGGAUGAACCCAACUUUGAGCACACUCGUGACAUUUGGAUUUUGAAUGAAAACGCAUGGAAGCUUAUCGGUUCUCUUCAAGAGUCAAACAGCUAUGGCUCAGCAUUGAGAAUCGGUGACUACAUCUACGUAGUUUCUGGCGAUAAAGCAGCUCCGAGUGGAAGCUUCCCAGUCGAAAGAAUCAACGUUGCAAACAAAGAAGUAAUUGAGACAAAAGUCAUCGGCAGCCACGCUCAUCAAAACGAUAUCCCAAUAAUUUUUGAAGCAACAGCUUAUUUCUGCGUUCAAAAUUGA